AUGUUGAGAACAUCGUACCGUUUGUUAAGAACUAAUCCUGUUGCGACAGGUUCUAGAGGAUCCAUAUGUCCCAUCAGAAGAAUCCAUUCAAUUCAAUUCACCAGAACUUUCGCAACGUUAAAUGAGAAAGAAAAAUCAAAGUUGUCUACUACCCCAUUGGGUCAAGAUAAGACCAUGGAAAACAACUUGAAAACUGAAACAAAUAGGUUGUCUAAAACAUUAAGUAAGUUUUGGGAGAAGGUGGGAACUGCAUACAACCCAGAGCUGAAUAAGACUGAAGUUCAACUUGAUGGAAAGGCAUUAAAGACUCCAUUGGGAUUUGCUGUUGCUCUUCCAGAAUCCAAGAAGAACUUGGCUCACUUAGUAGCCCAUGAAUGGGCCAAUUUGCCUGAUUUAAAGGUUAAGACGAAUGCCUUACCAAUUACGUCAGUUGUUGCACGUACUAUAGAUUUGGGUACUGUAUAUAAUGGUCCUAAUAAUGAGAAGGACUCCAGCUUGACCAACGUUGAAGAGAUUGCAACCAAGAUUGGUGACCUUGAGGACAUAAGGUUGAAUAUAUUAAGGUACUUGGAUACUGAUACUUGUUUGAUUUUUACAACCAAAGAUGAAUACGAGGGGAAAUUAAGAUUAAGACAGGACGAGCUAUACUUGCCUCAAAUCGAAGAAUACAACGAUUUUUUCACCAAGUGGGGUGAGAAGAACGGACUCUUAGCUUCAGGACAAAAGGUCCAAUUGGAAUACUUAGACUGUGAAACCCAAGGUUUGAGAGGUAAUAGUCAAACAAUAACCACGCAAAACGUGGUUUUGAACUGGGUGGAAAGUUUAAGUAUGUACGACUUGGUUGCCUUGGAAAAGGCAAUCUUGACUACAAAGUCAUUUUUAUGUGGGGUCACCUUAUUGAGAUCCAACUGUUCCAAUGAGGAAGACAUAAAAAAUUUAUACCAAUUCAACAAAGCCAGUGCUGAUGAUUACUAUUUCAGAACCAUUGAUGAAAUUGUUGAGUUAGGUAACAUGGAGAUCAUAUUCCAGACUGGAGAGUGGGGUGAAGUUGAAGACACUCACGAUGUCGACAAGGUGGACUGGUUAAGAAAUUUGACAUCUGCAGCAAUUUUAUGUCACUAA